CGCUUGAACUCCAUCCAAAGCAACCAUUCUCGACUCUUUGCAACUUUCAACGACCUUUCAACCGCAACCAUGAAGAACGUCUUCGCCAUCCUCGCUGUUGCUCUGUCCGCCACCAGCGUCCUCGCUGCACCCACUGAGAAGAGGACUGCUUGCCCCGACAAGGCUGCCGCCGCGAAGUAUGCCUCGUACGGAGACUAUAAAGAUGCCAAGCUUCCUCAUGAGUACACCUCCUACGGGCACUACCGCCGCGAGGCCGAGGCCGAGGCGGCGCCCGUAGCCCAGCCCGAAGCUGAGGCGGCCAACACUCCCAAGGCUCAGACUUACAGCACUUACGGGUCGUACAAAGAGACCAAGCAACCUGAGAACUACGGCAAAUACUCCAACUACGGAGACUAUAAAAAGGCUGCUCUGCCCCACGAGUACAAGUCGUACGGACACUACCGUCGCGAGGAGGCUGCUGUGGAGGAGGCCCAGUAGAUCAUCAGAUUGAUCGCCUGCAGAGAUAUUUUGGCUUCGCAUUACGACGUUACUCGAUCACGACCUGUCCUUAACGAAUAUUCAGAUACAUAAUUCAUUCCUUAGCAACGA